GAAAGGCAAAGCCCCGGUUCCCGCGGCUUUGUUACAAAGCCCUCGCGACACCAGCCCCGGCCCGGCCCCCCCCCGGCGGCCCCUAUAUAGGGGGGUGUCCAAUGGUCUGUCCAUCGCCGUUCUGCUCUGGCUCCCGCUCUUGGUCUUGGAUAACAGCCAGCAGAAAAUGUCUCAAUACUCAGGAAAAAUCACUUUCUACGAAGGCAGAUGCUUCACAGGCAGGAAGCUGGACGUCUGUGGCAGCUGCAACAGCUUCCAGGACCAAGGUUUCCUCAACCGGGUCAACUCCAUCUGCGUCCAGAGCGGAGCCUGGGUGUGCUUCGACCACCCCGACUUCCGAGGGCAGCAGUACAUCCUGGAGCACGGCGAGUAUCCCGACUUCUACCGCUGGAAUGGGCGCAGCGACCACCUGGGCUCCUGCCGGCCCAUCGGGAUGCACGGCGAGCAUUACAGGAUCGAAAUAUUCGAGGGGAGCCAUUUUAGGGGUCCCAGCCUGGAGCUGACAGAAGAUUGCUCCUUCCUGCAGGGACAAGGCUGGGACAAGACCUGCAUCAAUGCCCUCAAAGUGUACGGCGACGGCGCAAAUAUUUGUUUCCAUUUCAAAAUCCAUGGCUGGUGUCAUGCGCUGAUAAAAAGUUGCUGCCUGCGCUUUGUGGAGGUGGUUGUGCCCGCGGGAAGUGAUGAUGGAUCAUCUGGAAACAUGGCAAUGGAGACAAACAUCACCCUUGGCAUGGUGCAUGGUGGGUGCUGUACGAGGAGCCCAACUACCGAGGCCGCAUGUACGUGGUGGAGCGCGGCGAGUUCAGCAGCUUCAACGAGUGGCAGGCGCGCAGCGCCAGCGUCCAGUCCAUCAGGAGAGUCGUCAACUACUUCUAGCUGAGCUUUCACCCUGCCAGCCAUGGCCCGCUGAGACUGAGCAUCGCCCUCCUCCCCACUCACUGACCCCUGGAAUAAAUUGUUAAACACCA